AAUACCUAGGAAAAACAAUUAUCAAGCUUAUAGAAGAUCUGAAAAUUAAAAAUAAGAUAAUCAGAUUUACGGGAGAUAAUGCAUCAAAUAACCAAACUUGUUGGCGUUAUCUUCAAAAAUCUAUAAGUGCAGAUUUUAUAUAUAUACGUUGCGCGGCACAUGUUCUAAAUCUCGUUGUUAAAGAAGAACAAAAAAAAUACGUUAAUCAAGUAAAAAAGAUUGUCCUUUUCUUCAACCUAUACUUGAUGUCGAAACUAGAUGGAACUCUACAUACCUAA